AUGGAGGUGAGAGAUGAGGAAAUGGAGAGAAAUCAAGUGAAGAGCAUCAGCUGUGCCUGUGGAGGCCGACCGCCUCCACAAUCAUCCACUGAACUCAAGCAUCAAAAUCAUUCUCAAUCGUUGGAUGUGCCGACUCCAAGGAAAGAGUCAUCGGCGAGGAAAGCGAUCACUCCACCGCCACCCGGGCAACGCCAGGCGAAGAAUUCGAAACGUGCUCCAUCUCCACAACCACAACUCACAAUAAAAUCAGCGAUAUUGAUUCAAAAAUGGUAUCGUCGAUGUGCGGCAAGAUUGGAAGCAAGACGGAGAGCCACUUGGAGUAUUUUCACCGCUCUCGAAUACGCCGGUGAACAAGAUCAACUCAAAUUGUACGAUUUCUUCAGCGAUGUGAUCUCGACAGUGUUGGAUGAGGAAGGGAAAGGCCCGCAUGGACAGGGUCCUCUUCUCGCUGCUCUCAAUCAUCAUUGCAAUAAACCGCAUGGAGCGCCAGAAGACGAUGAUGCGAUCCGGAAACUUCUUGAUGAGACAAAUCCAACGAGAUUCCCUCUAGAGAAAGGAUAUAAGGGACCGCAUUUGCGACUUCCAAUCGACAAAGCGCAAAUCGUUGAAAUGAUUGAUGCUUUUAAAGUGAAUAAGGUUCUUCACCCACGCUAUUUACUUCUAGUUUUGCAUGAGGCUCGCAAAAUCCUCAAGCAAACCCCCACCGUCGUUCAUUUAAGCACAGCCAUCAGCAAUCAGAUCACAAUCACCGGCGAUUUACAUGGGAAAUUUGAUGAUCUAUGUAUUAUAUUGUACAAGAAUGGUUAUCCGUCAGUUGAUAAUCCGUAUAUCUUCAAUGGAGAUUUCGUGGAUCGGGGUGGUCAAUCAACUGAGGUACUUGUAACAUUGUUGAGUCUUUUGGUGCUUGACCCGAUGGCGGUGACAUUGAAUCGAGGAAAUCAUGAGGAUCAUAUUAUGAAUUUAAGAUACGGCUUUGUUAAAGAGCUCAUGACAAAAUAUAAGGAAGCAGCUGGGCCGAUUGCUCGUUUAAUGGAAGAAGUCUUUGCGUGGCUGCCGAUAUGCACUGUUGUUGAUCGAGAGAUUUUCGUUGUUCAUGGCGGAAUCUCGGAUAAAACCGAUCUUCAGGAAUUGGAAAAAGUGCAAAGGAAUAAAUAUGUUUCCGUUCUUCGGCCACCGAUACGGAAAGAGGAUAAUGGGAAACCGAGUGUGAAUAUGGAAGAAUGGAAAUUGAUACUUGAUGUUUUGUGGUCAGAUCCAAAGCAACAUAAAGGUUGUUGGCCGAAUGUUUUCCGAGGCGGUGGCUCAUAUUUUGGAGCAGACGUCACGACAACUUUUCUAGAGAAAAACAACUUUCGUUUAAUCGUUCGAUCUCAUGAGUGCAAAUUUGAAGGCUAUGAAUACACGCAUAACAAUAGUGUAUUGACUGUAUUUUCUGCGUCAAACUAUUAUGAAGUAGGCUCAAAUCGAGGCGCUUAUGUAAAGUUCAUUGGAAAGCAAAAACAAGCACACUUUGUGCAAUACAUGGCCAGUAAAACGCAUCGGAAAACGACGUUGAGACAAAGAGUCUCCGCAGUGGAAGAGUCCGCUUUGAGAGAUCUUCGCGACAAACUCAACUCAUUCGCCUCUCAAUUACAAGCCGAAUUCCUCAAAUGUGAUCCCGAUAAAUCGGGCAAAAUCUCCGUGCAUCGAUGGAGUGAAUGUGUCGAGAAUGUUACCCAAUUGCAGUUACCCUGGCACGCAUUGGCUACAAAGUUAACCACUGUGACAGACGAUGGGAAAUAUGUGCUUUACAAGGAGGACCUUCCAGUAAUUGCUGUCGGGAAAAAGCAGGCAAAAGAUGAUCGUGACGUGGUUGAGGCUUUGUACAGACACAAGAGCACUCUCGAGACACUCUUUCGUUUCAUGGAUAAAGACAAUUCGGGAAAUGUUUCAAUGGCUGAAUUCAUUGAGGCAAUUGAGGUGAUUGGCCAAUACACAAAACGAGCUCUCUCACCAAAUGAUAUUCGACAAAUUGCGGAAAGUAUCGAUUUUAAUAAAGACGGGUUUAUCGAUUUGAACGAACUGUUGGAAGCGUUUCGAAUCGUUGAAAGUCAGGCUCAACCCCAACAAGGACUCGCGCUAAUGUUGGGCGCUGGAUCGGUGAGCGAUCCAGCGAAUGGUUCCACUCCGCAACCGCAACUCGCUAACGCU